CAUGUUUUCAGUCCUGGACGUGGACAGUUUUCAGCGUCCCUUGGCAUUUGCCCCGUCUUGACGCUGACCCAUGCGUCGAUAAUCUAUUGUCUCCCACAAGGCAUAGACUCUUGGCGCGCUGUGUAUGCAGCAUUCAUUCAACGUCGUUGUUGCUGCGCCAGCAUUACCAGCCAGAAAGCAGGCAGGCAGAGGUGGCAUAGUAUUUUGCUCUGGACGUCCUCAGCCGAUUGCUCAUUCGUUCAACCUGAGCACAAGCAGACACAUCUGAUUGCAGGACGACUGGAAGCUUUGACGGAAGAUUACGUUUUGGAGAAUGCUCACUUUCUGGUGACAGUAGUUGUGCACCUUCUUAUUUCGAGUACGUCUGGUUCCCAAGAUCUAGCCACUGGCUGCAGUCACAAUUUUCAGUAAAACGGUAAUUGCUCGCGUUAGUGGAAGAGCCGGUGUGAUCUCGUUGGCUAGCGGUUGGUAAGCGCGGAGUCCUAACGUAUACUAUAGAGAUACGAGCCCUUGAGCUGGCAGCAAGAGCCGGAGUGACGCGACCGGGAAAAAGGCCACAGUCACAUGUGAACUGGUGCUGCAGGACGGCGGCAGCUCAGCCAGCGUUGCCAGUGACCUUUCUGGUCAAAACAUUUUAUAACAGACGACUUUGUCAGAAGUUUCCCUGUUGGAGAAAUUAGUCGUUAGGCUGUGCAGUGAGUGAGUAUGCCGCUUGGAAAACUACGCCUUGGCAGCAGGAAGUCGCCUUCAGCCAAGGUAUCCAGUCAGAAUGCCGGCUCGGAAGCAGAGCUCAUGGCCUCUCGUAGUACAGCACUUCGCCUAUCCACCACAUUCAGCGGAGACAGUGGUGACGACUUGAGCAGUACUGGUUCGCCAACAGGAGGUCAUGAUGGUGAACGGCAUCGCUCGAUCUCUGCUGGAUCAUCCUCUGGUUCUCCGGCCAGGAGACACAGUAGUUUCAACGAUGACCUGUCUGGAAGCGAUUCCUAUGGUCGCUCUCAGUCGAACCGUCGACACACAAAUGGGUCUUGUGGAAGUGGAGGACGUUACAGCUCCGGCCACGAUUCUGGACGCGGUAGCAAAGGUCCUUUGGAUGGCGAUGCUGGGCAGGGAAAACGGAGGACAUCUAUAUUUGGCAGCGGUGCGAGCGGUUCUGAAGCGCGUGUGGUCCGUGUUUUCUUCAGAGAUGAGACGUAUCGUAGUGUACGCUUCAUGGAGGAGGAGAGCUGUGAAGAAGUACUGGAUCGUUUAUGGCCACGUCUAGACCUACAGGGUGAACGACAUGACUACAAGUUCUACAUCGUGUAUAGGAAAGAAGGUAACCGCUUUGUGAACGACGAUGAAAGUGCCGAUGUCCUACUUGGCUCUGACUGGCUGGAGGUGGAGAAGAUCUACAUCCGACACAAAGACGACACCGUGGCUGCUAAACGAGUGGCUCGCCGAUCAGGAAGCUCUGCUGAGGUGAUGCUCAAGAAAUCAAAAUCCUUCAGGGAGUCGUCCAUUAGGGGAGUUGCACCCAACCCAUUUGCCAAUGUCACUGGUGAUUCGCAUACUGUGCACGUGGAGUCCGAACGUCCAAUGUCCAAGUUUGCUCAGAUGUUCAGCCAGGCUUGGGAGAAUGCGGAGAUCCAGGGAAUUGAUGAGGAAAGGAAUCACUCCAGCUCAAGUCCCCCUUUAUCUCCGUUGAAGUUUGACGUGCUGUCCGAGACCAUCUCCACCACAAGUGUGGCGUCGCACCUGAGAACCGUGCGCUGCGACUCCUGCACGGACAGCGGCCGGGGAUCGCUGGAGCGCAAGGCGGAGGCGCCGCACGACGACUCCGAGUCGCCGAGACCGCAGACCCUGGCGCCGCACCAUCGUCGCAGCAUCUCCAGCAUCACGGCGGACAGCGGCGUCAGCUUGCACCAGGCGGAUCUGGACAGUCCCAUGCUGCGCAAAGCUGUGAGUAGAUCAUCCGUGGGCAGUGCCGGUGGCGGAUCACCUCGCACCGCACCACAUGUGUCUCACUAUUCCCAUUCGUCGCUCAGCAAGCUAUCGUUUGUACCCGUGGACUUGAACCUCGGUACGGCACCGGUCGCUCCAACCGUGCCCAAGCCCAGCAUGAUUUCCCCUGCCUCGCACUACUCUCUACCUUCAUCUAACUCCUACUCGGCGGAAAGCCCUCCGCCGUCACCACCCCCGCCACCACUGCAGCCGGAACGCAACGCCGGUGAUAAGCUGCGAGCACCUCCGUCGCCAACACCCUCACUGCCACCUCCACCGACUGCUGAUGAACUAAAGGGCUUGAGUAGAAUGCAGUUCUCGUUUCAGCUCACUGUUGACCUGCGUAGUGAUGGCCUCCAUUGCUGAUGGCUUGAGCAGCAUUGCUGCUUCUUCUGUUCAUUGUUAUUUCUGUCUAUUUUAUUGAAUUCAAAGAAUAUUAUAACCAGCCGUUCAUGCUUGUUUUGUCCAUCGAUGAAAACUUGAUGACAGCUCCAACCCAGUAAUAUACUAUUGUUGAUAUUGCCAGCUUCCUUCCUUUUUUUCAUUUACUGAACAUUUCCUCUUGACAUCAUUGUAUAAUUGAGAUACCAUUGCAGUCCCCCUGCUUCUAAGUAAUAAUAAUUUUUUCAUCUUUACGAUGUGGUGGAUCAAGAUUUGCCAAAGUUCCAGUUAUUA